AUGGACUUGUUUAGCGCGUUGACGGCCGGUGGCGCACGCUUUGAUAAAAAGCGGUUUGCGCAUGAUGUAUCGAUUUUCCAAGAUGCACGGCGGCACGAAGACGAGGAAGUGCCUGCUACAGCGGAAUCCAGCGCGGCCGCGGCGCUGCCAGCGUCUUUGGACUUUUUCGGGAGCCACACGCAAGAGCGCGCUUCGCAAGCGCAGGAUGCUGUGCCCUCCUCCGCGUUGCGGGCCCGUCGGGCCCCGCUAAAAAAGUCCGAAGUCCCUGCGUUCCUGCGCCAGUACCAAAUCAAGCUCACAGGGACGGAUGUCCCUGCGCCGCUGGCGUCGUGGGACGACCUGGAAGCGCGAUGGCACGUUGAGUCUUGGCUGUACGAGAACCUGCUUGCAGGCAAAUGGCCAGAACCCACACCGAUCCAGCGCGGUGCAAUUAGCGUGAUGCUUGAACGGCGCGACCUGCUGGCAGGCGCACCGACGGGCUCCGGUAAAACGCUGGCGUUUGUGUUGCCUGUGUUACAGCUGCUCCAGUCGCAUGCCAAAGUGGGAUUCCGCGCAGUGAUCGUGAGCCCUACGCGGGAACUGGCGCAACAGAUUUACGACCAGCUGCAGAUCCUGGCCCGGGGCCAGUCGUUCCGUACAUGCUUGCUGACGAAAGUCACGAAUAAGAGCACCGAAGCGCUGAAGAAGAAAAAGUUUGACAUUCUCAUCACGACACCGCUACGUCUCGUGCAUGCCAUUCAGCAUGACGAAGUCGAUCUGUCGCGCGUCGAGCAGCUUGUCCUGGAUGAGGCGGAUCGGCUGCUGGAGCAGGGCUUCCUCGAGCAGACCGAUGAGAUUCUGGCGGCGUGCACGCAUCCCGAUCUACGCAAGGCACUGUUUAGUGCUACGUUGCCAGCAGGUGUGGAAGAGCUGGCGAAGACGUUCAUGGUGAAUGAGUGCCGUGUGUUGAUUGGCCAGAAAGACAGUGCCACAGAAACGAUUGAGCAGCGCUUGGAGUUCACCGGGUCGGAAGACGGCAAGCUGCAUGCCUUGCGGGCGCUGAUCCAGGCGGGAGGCAUGCAGCCGCCCGUGUUGCUGUUUGUACAGUCGAUCCAGCGAGCGCGUGAACUGUUCCACGAGCUGGUGUAUGAUGGUCUGCACGUCGAUGUCAUCCACAGCGAGCGACCCAAAGCGCAGCGGGAAGCGGUGAUUGAUGCCUUCAAACGCGGCGAUAUUUGGAUUUUGAUAUGUACAGAGCUCAUGGCGCGCGGCAUUGAUUUCCAUGGCGUAAACUUGGUCAUCAACUACGACUUCCCUCAAACGGUCCAAAGCUAUAUCCACCGUAUUGGUCGUACAGGUCGUGCAGGCAAGCAAGGCAAGGCCAUAACGUACUUUACCAAAGACGAUGCGCCCUACCUCAAAUCAGUCGUGAACGUGAUGCGGCAGUCUGGGUGCGAGGUGCCCGAGUGGAUGCUCAAGCUCCCGAAACCCUCGAAAAUGAUGAAGAAAAAACUUCGGCAGGCGCCUGUGCAGCGCCAAGACGUUCGUGCGGCGUCGGGCCGAAGUUCCCUGGGCCGUCGUAUGGCCAACCGACAGCGUGAUAUGGUACAGGCGAGCAAACGCCGCAAACUCAAAGCCGCGUCUACGACAUAG